CCAACUUUCAAAGAUUUUCUCUCCACUCCUUCUUCUUCCUCUUCUUCUAUUCCUCUCUCAUGGCUUCUUCUACUGGUAGUUUAGACACCUCUGCAACUGCAAACUCCUUCGCCAACUUCACCUUCGCCACACACCCCUUCAUGACCACUUCUUUCUCUGACCUCCUUGCUUCUCCCACAGACAACAACAAUAACAACAACAAGUCUCAGGGUGCUUUCUCUGAAAAAAAUGCCUCUGGUGUGCCCAAAUUCAAGUCCACUCCACCUCCUUCUUUGCCUCUCUCCCCUCCUCCCAUUUCUCCUUCUUCAUACUUUGCUAUUCCACCUGGUUUGAGUCCUGCUGAGCUUCUUGACUCUCCGGUUCUCCUUAACUCUUCUAACAUACUGCCAUCUCCAACAACCGGAGCAUUUGUUUCUCAGAGCUUCAAUUGGAAGAGCAGUUCAGGGGGAAACCAGCAAAUUGUCAAAGAAGAAGACAAAAGCUUCUCAAAUUUCUCUUUCCAGACCCAGGCGAGGCCUCCUGCUUCAUCCACAGUAACAUAUCAAUCUUCAAAUGUUGCACUUCAAGCACAAAAUCCAUGGAAUUUUCAGGAGAGCACAAAGCAAGAUAGUUUUUCUUCAGGGAAGAGUGUGAUGAAAACCGAAAACUCUUCUUCCAUGCAUAGUUUUGCCCCUGAGAUUGUUAGUGUGCAGACUAACCAUAGCAAUGGAUUUCAAUCUGAUUUUGGAAAUUAUCCCGCACAAUCUCAGACCCUAAACAGAAAGUCAGAUGACGGAUACAAUUGGAGGAAGUAUGGCCAAAAACAAGUGAAAGGGAGUGAGAAUCCAAGAAGUUAUUACAAAUGCACAUACCCCAGUUGCCCCACGAAGAAGAAGGUUGAGAGGUCUUUAGAUGGACAAAUUACUGAGAUAGUUUAUAAGGGUACUCAUAACCAUCCCAAGCCUCAAUCUACCAGGAGAAACUCAUCAUCUUCCUCUUCUCUUGCAAUCCCUCCUUCAAAUCCCAUCAGCAAUGAAAUCCAAGAUCAAUCAUAUGCUACUCAUGGCAGUGGACAAAUGGAUUCCGCAGCCACCCCAGAUAACUCAUCAAUAUCAAUAGGAGAUGAUGACUUUGAGCAGAGUUCUCAAAAGUGUAAAUCAGGUGGAGAUGAAUACGAUGAAGAUGAACCUGAUGCAAAAAGAUGGAAAAUUGAAGGAGAAAAUGAGGGUAUGUCAGCGCCUGGUAGUAGAACAGUAAGAGAACCUAGAGUUGUGGUUCAGACAACCAGUGACAUUGAUAUCCUAGACGAUGGAUACAGAUGGAGAAAAUAUGGGCAGAAAGUAGUAAAGGGCAAUCCAAAUCCAAGGAGUUACUACAAGUGCACACACCCAGGAUGUCCAGUGAGAAAGCACGUGGAACGAGCCUCACAUGACCUCAGAGCUGUGAUCACAACCUAUGAGGGAAAGCACAACCAUGAUGUCCCUGCAGCCCGUGGCAGUGGCAGCCAUUCUGUUAACAGACCCCUGCCAAACAAUGCUGCAAACCCCACCACUGCAAUAAGGCCAUUGUCAGUGAACCAUCACACUGACAACAACUCCAUUCAAAACCAAAGGCCACAAGCACCACCAUCAGGGCAAUCACCCUUCACCCUAGAGAUGCUACAAAGUCCAGGAAACUUUGGAUUCUCAGGUUUUGGAAAUUCAAUGGGCUCUUACAUGAACCAGCAACAAUUAUCUGACAAUGUUUUUUCCUCCAGAACCAAGGAGGAGCCCAGAGAUGACAUGUUCCUUGAGUCUCUACUAUGCUGAAGGAUCUCUCUCUUUUUUUUUCCCUUUUGGUAGGCAUGAAAAUUUUGGAAGGAGGGGGGGACUAGGAUUUAGUGGACAAAUAAGGUUCAUUCCAUUUAUUGCAUUUUUUGGUUUGUUUUGUUGUAAAUUUAUACAGCCACAGGAUUGGUAUAUAGUAUAUAUUCCAUAACUGUUGUAUGUCACAGAUGGUGUUGCUGAGAUUUUUUCAUUACUUUGAGGUUUCUCUCUAGUUGGGAAGACAACCUCGUGUUAAUCCUUUGUAAGACAGUUAAUAGUUAAUCUCUUGUCAAUUGUUCACUACAAAGACAGUAAACUUCACUAUUAUUUGUGUUAAAA